ACCACAAGCCCCUUUACUUCCACCUCCAUGUUUCUUUGUAUAGACAACAACCAACGCUGAUCUAAAGAGAUGGAAGCGGUUAUUCACAGCGAUCAGUGCCCGUCGUAUCCCGCCAGACCUGAACCACCAGCUUGAUUAAUCCGAGCUUCAGUCUCCGGAGAAAGGCCAAAGCCUAACAUCCAGAUCUUGGUCUUUCUCUAGGAUCUCAAUACAAACAGCCAAGAUGCAGGGCUUCAACAUGGGACGCUACGUCCCUCCGGACCUCGAAGGCACCCUAUCCUUCAACCAAGCCUCCGGCAAAGGUCAUGCCUUGGGUCACCGUGCCCGCAAACUCAAGACCGAAGGCAUCCUCACCGUCCGCUUCGAAUGCCCCUUCGCAAUAUGGUGCACGCAUUGCAACCCCGAAACCAUAAUCGGGCAGGGAGUUCGUUUCAACGCCGAGAAAAAGAAAGUAGGCGCAUAUUUCAGCACGCCCAUCUGGUCCUUUCGCUUCAAACAUACCGUCUGCGGCGGGUCGAUCGAAGUGCGCACCGACCCCAAGAACGCAGAGUAUCUGGUCGUCGAGGGCGGGCGGAGACGAGACACGGGCGUGGACAAAUUACUUGAUGGCGAGAUCGACCUUGCCCAAACGGUCUCCGAGGAGGACAAAGCGCGACUCGAGCGCGAUGGCGGAUUCGGGGCAAUCGAGAAGAAAGUCGCGGACAAGACCUUGUUUACUACACAACAGGAGCGCCUGAACGAGUUGGUCAGAUCGAGUGAGCGUGACUGGGCUGACCCUUACGAGCAGUCUCGAAAACUGCGUGCAGAUUUUCGUGUUGGCAGAAGGAAACGCCAGGCCGAUGAGAAGUCUGGGAACGCCUUGAAAGAUAGAUUCGGGCUGGAAGUCGAGAUGUUGGGUGCACUUCCUGAGGACGGCGAGCGGGUCAAAUUUGUCGACUUUGGCGUGUCGAAUGAGGCGUCGAGCUCGGCGAAGCCUUUGUUCCGGCAGCUGGAUGGCACGCUGCCCGCGAGGUUCAAGGCUAACACCUCCAAAAAGCUGGACAAGAAACAAUUGCUGCAGAGUCAGCUGGCGAGUAAUACGAGGAUUGCAGCGGAUCCGUUUCUACGAGAGGAACAUGUUUGGAAGCCUACUGCGAAAAGAAAACGAGACGAUGUCGAGAUGGGCACGGCGCAGAACAGCACCAGCAAAGCGGCCAAAGUGGAUGGAUUGUCGUUGGUCGGUUAUGGGUCCGACUCGGAUUCGACGUGAUGUGAUAUGACAUGCUAUGAUAUGAUACCCAGCGUUGGCAGCAGUUACUUUGAUUUUCAACCGAUUGUCUUAUCUACGAUGCAAGUCUCGCUCCAAGGAAUGGCGG